CAAUUGCUACAACCUGAUAUGUACAUCUCACGUAGUCAUGCCAAUUAUAGCAAACAAUAAAACAAUGGCAUGUGCAAAUUCAGUGAGUACCUUCCUCGACAUUAAAUUUCCAAGCACAAACCUAACAGGUGUUUUUUCAAUGUUGUCUUCAAUUUUUACAUUCUAGUUUUCUAGUAAUUCCCAAUUGAAGGAAAUACAACGGGGCUCAGAUUGUAAACUUGGAGUUCUCUGCAUAUCAAUUAGUUCUUCCUCCUCAGAAGUGAACUCCACCAGAUGGGGGUCUGAAUGAUCAAACUCAAAUUAUUCUCCAGUCAUAGCCUGUCAUGCAGGGGCAGUUUACCCCUUAUACCUGAAAAGGAGGAAUAAGAUCCAUUUACAUACAUGGGAAAUGUUUAAUAGGACCGCGUUAACCUGAUCACAGCAUUAACCUGGGGCAGUUUGCCCCUUUUACCUGAAAAGAAAGAAUAAGAUCCAACUUCCUCUGUUGUUAGAUGCCUUGAGGACAGCAUUACCCUGCGUGAUUAGAUUUGUUAUGACACUUGUAGAGUUAAAUAGUACAUAGUAGCAGAAUUAACAUGAAUUUUUUUUUCCUCUUUCGGUUUCUAUAAGCUUUCUAUUAAUUAAGUUGAAAGGAAACUCAAAUCAUCAAAUUUUAAAACUCAAGCAUUCCAAAAUGACAUUUUGUCUUGUUACAUCCUAUAAUUCAAAAAGAGUGGAGAAGAAUCACAAACAACUUGCAGGUUGCAGUAUAAAAAACAGUUUGCAUCAUAUGAUCAAAUCCAAAUUGAUUUAGAUCAAUAUGAUAUACUAUCAAGUCUAUCACAGUUUACAAUACUGAAAGAUUCUUCAAGAAUUGUGCUUUACAGUAAAAUGGCUUACCAAAUACUUUUAACAGUACCACCAUUCAACUACUAAGCCACCUGCUCUCGGGAAAUAAAGUAUUUGAAGGCUUUGUAGUCUGCCAAUUCAAGCACCAUAACUGGGCUAACUCCAAGUUCCUCAUAAACUCAUCUUACCAAACUACAGCAUCAAGUAAUGGGACAAUCAACUAAAGGUUAUAUUGAUACCCAGAAAAGGUACUUAUUACUAUACUUCAAUUGCACUAUAUUGACCAUGUUUUGCUUAUUUGCUGGAACUUAUUAAGUACUCAUGGUAGUACUGAAAUACAAUUGCGCAAUAUUUCUGCUGAUUAUCUUUGUAGCUCUUCCUUUCGAUCCUGGUAUAUUAUGAUAAAAACAUAUUUCUUUGAUCUCUCAAAUCCAUUCACUUCAUGGUUACUUCUGAACAAAAUGUAUGAAAGUGACAAGAUUUGAAAUUAUGGGCACCUGUAGAAUCUGUGCCCAAUAUAGAUGCGCACUUUUUUUUUUUUGGUUGUUGGGGGGGGGGGGAGUGGAUCUUGUUCUUUUUGCUAGGUAUGCAGUUGUGACGGGGGCAAACAGAGGGAUUGGAAUUGCAAUCUGUAAUGGAUUAGCUUUCCAUGGAAUCACAGUGGUGUUGACUGCAAGAGAUGAGAAGAGGGACUCGAUGCUCUUCACCAGCACAAAGGGACAGGUGAAUAAUGCUGCGGUUCUUGGAAACAUUCAUGAUCAUGAUGUUCGAAGAGCAGCAUUACACAGGAAACUGGAGCUCGAAUUGACUGGAAAGCUGUAUGCAAUGAGACAUAUGAAAUGUCAGUGGAAUGCUUGGAAACAAAUUGGUCCAAAAAGAAUGGUUGAAGCAUUCUUGCCUCUUCUCCAAUCAUCUCAAUCCCCAAGCAUUGUCAAUGCUUCUUCUCUCGUAGGCAAGCUAGAGACUUCAUGAAAGCAGGUGCCCCAUGGGGCCAAAGGCUGGCCUUUAGCAUAUGCAAUCUCAAAAGCGAGUCUGAAUGCUUAUACAAGAAUUCUUGCCAAGAAGUUGCCUAGUUUCAAAGUGAUUUGUGUUUAUCCCGGUUAUGUGAAAACUGACAUGGGCCACAAUAUUGGUUUAUUGACGCCAGAAGAAGGUGCUGAAAGUCCCGUGAGGCUAGCUUUGUUGCCUGAUGAUGGUCCAUCUGGCUUGUUCUUUAGUCAAAAAGAAGUAUCAUCUUUUGAAUGAGAAAACCAUCUUUAACAACAUUCAGUGUAGCCUAGAAAAUGUUGCCCCCUAUCACCGUUUCUGCUUUUCUUUGUGUGUAUUGCAGUGCCAUUUUCAAGACUAUGCUGUACUGCUCAGCAAUCAACGAACAUUUUUGACCAUCUACUGGUUGUUACGUAUAAACAUCUACUGGCUUGGUUUCUGCAACACUAAUUCAUCGAUCCAUUGGGACGUUAAGAGGCACUGAACUAGGCAAUCUGCUUCUUCAAGAAUAUGGAUUUUCAAAUUCUUCAUCAUGCAUAGGAUGUCAUUUUAACUUAACAGAGAUGAACUCACGAUAGCAUCACAGUCUAAACCUUGCUCAACUAUAUCAAGAUGGCUUGGCCUAAAUCAGGGUGGCGAAAUUGUUCAAGUUUGGAUCUUGGCCUAGGCUUGGAAAAACAUCACUGCUGCUUUCACAUGACCACUUGAUUUAAGAUAUAAGCAGCAGGUUAUUUAUCACCUAGCUUCUGAGGAUUGUGGAACCAAACGGAAUCAACAAGCAAGGGGAUGAUUAAUUUGAAAAAAUGUCUUCUUUCUUUCAUGUUGUAAAAUCAUGUGGUAUUAAUUUUUCUUGUUUCAAUAGUAAAUCAAGAAAAUUGCUUUAG